CUUUCUUCCCUCCUAAGACAAAAGGGGUAAUAAUACCCUUUUUCCUGCUGAAUGUAGAGCAAUUGCAACUUCACCAGUAGCUAGCUUGUAACUUCCAUGGAGAGCCGGCAGGUGGCACUGUAAGACAUGGAAAUAAGAGUGGCCUCCGCCCUUGCCCCCAAAGCCUGUCAGCCAUUUUGUUAACUAGUUUUGCCCCAUCCAACCUUUGGCUUUUAUGGUUAAUCAGGAAUUUAUUAAGUGUGGGGGUUUCUCUAAUCUCUCAGGGCUAAGACACCUCAAAUUUUCUUACACCACUAUGUCAGUAGUGUUGGAAGGCAGUGUAGUUUUGUGAAAACAACACUAGACUAAAUGCAGCAUUUAGGGUUCUAAUCUUGGCUCUGCCAUUGAUUAGUUAUAUGACUUUAGGCAAUUUCUUUGAUCCCUUGAGAGCUCAGUUUUUUCAUGGGCAAAAAUUGGAGAUGAUACCUCCCCUAUCUUAUUGAUUUAUUAUGAAACAAAAAUGAUGAACUAUAUGGAAGUACUUUAUAAACUGAAAAGCCAAACAUUGUUAUUGAUGGUGUGAUAUAGGAAAAAGCUCAUAGGAUCAAAAAUCUGGGACUGGAAAGGACCUCAGAAGCCAUCUAAUUCAGUUUUCUCAUUGUCUUAUAGUUGAGGAAAAUGAGGCUGUGAUUUGCCCGAGGUCACAGAAGUAUCAACUGCCAGAGGAAGAAUCUGAUCUGGGUUCUCUGGUUCUAGGGCAAGUACUUGUAUCAAAGUAUCAGCAGAAAAGCAUUAGUUUGUUCUUAGGCUGUCAGUCUUGAUGGAUCAUGAAGGAAAUUAAAGAGUAAUCUUUUGUCUUCAGACACCCCCUCCCCCUCCCCCUCCCUCUCCCCCAAGUUCUUCUGCCAUGUCUCAGUGCCUUGCAAAUAUUUUGUGUUUGAUAAAUGUCAAUAUUGCAGUAUUUCCUGUUAUCAAGAUGAUCAAUCAAUGAAUAAGGAUAGCAUCCUAUAUUCUGAAAGCUAUUCUUGCCUCAUUCCAACAGAAUGUCAAAGUAGAAAGUGAUGAGAAGGGCAACUCUUAUGUGACCGACCUCUUUCAUACUUUCAAGCGUGGUAGUUAGUCUCAACCAAAAAGAACAACUCUCUAUUCAAUGCAAAUGCCUUAUCUGCAGGACUCUGGCAGUUUAAUGUUCACCUGGGCCUUUGGGCUGAUUCCAAUGGGAAGACCAUUUAGGAAAGGAAGGAAGUCUGUUUGAAUGAGGGAAAUUGUCUCUGCUGGAUUAGAAUAGAAAGGCUAUGUCUCUUUGGCUGUUUUAAAUCAAUUUUCUAUGUUCAGGCCAACACAGUCUGUCUUUAUAUUUGCCAUCUUGUUUGGGGAACUGAAGCUGACAUGAUUUAAUAAAUAAGGCUCUAGUAAGGGCAAAAUAAAUGACCUGAAGUCAGAGGGGAUUGAUCUGCUCUAAACUAUUUGGGCACCCAUAAAAAGCACCCCUUUUCUCAUGCUAUCAUUGGAUCUCUUGGGAUAUUUCAGAAACCAGAGCAUAAGGGUCUCUACUUGUACUGUACUCUGCUUGUAGGUCAAAAGUUUGUAGCACUAACUAUACUAGAAGUAACAUGACUGUAUUAAGGUAAAAUAGAACCAGUGCAGAAACUAUCAUUAUUACUUCAUUGGAAUUACUCAUAGUACAAAGCACUUAAGUUCAAUAAAUGAUGCUAGUGAGACAUAAUGGAGUAAUAAAAAAAGAGCACUGGAAUUGGGGUCCAAAGUUUCCCGAGUUCUGUGUGAACCAGAGCAAGAUGUGAGCUAAGGGGCAGGGACCUGGACUUAGUCCCUUCCUUUGAUGAUCUGAUUGAUUUAAUGGGAUUUCAAAGCAAUUCCUGUUGCUGGGCAAAGCACUAGGAUCUUCACUAGCUUAGGGAAAAGAUUUUAUGACAAGAGUUGAGCCAGGCUUGGAAUGAAGGAUGUAUGGUAUAAUGGCAAGACUACUAGAACUGGAAGACCUGGACUGAAGUCUGAUUGUUCCAUUGACCUGUGUGAACUUGGACCAGUCAGGAAAAUUAUAAAUGCAAAUUGUAAUAUUGUACUUUAAGGUUUGGAAAACACUUUAUAUGUUUUAUUAUAACUAUUUACAUAGUACUUUAUAUAUGCAUGCUAUCAUCCGAUCUUCAUAAUUCCAUCAGUCAUUAAAAGGAUCAUUAUUCUCAUUUUAUAGAGGACACGGAGGAGCAGGUGAAGUGACUUUCCCAUGGUCAUAGAACUAGGGAAUGUGGUACAGUGGAAGGUGCAUUGGUUCUAGAGUCAGAGAACCAAGGUUCAUAUCCCAGAACUGCUGCUUCCUUACCUCUGUGAGCCUGAGCAAAUCAAUUCACUUUUCGGUUUCCUCCUCUAAAAACAAGGGAUUUGUACUCAAGACUUCCAGUUCUCGAUUUAUAAGUUUUGUCAGAAAUGGGUUUGCAAAGUUGUAAUGACUUGGGGUAAGAAAUCACAAUGCCAGGAUUUGAAUCCAGGGUUUUUGACUUCAAACCCAGACUCGUUCUUAGGAGGACUUACCAGAGACCUCUCUGGUUCUCACUUAUAAAACGAGGCAACAGAUGAUCUCUAAGACGCUUUCUAGUUUUGCCCCCUAUGAAUGCUCGGACAGGUAGGGGGAGAGGAAGACAAAACGUUUUUUCCCAGGUGAGAUAAGGGUUGAAGAGCUAUGGACUUUUUGGCUACGUACGGCUAAGAACGCGGGUUCGAAACCAGCUCUGCUUGAGGAAGUGACGACCUCAGUGGGUCUCAAGUUUCCUCAUCUGUAAAACGAAGGGGCUGGCGACUCGGAUUUGGCCAGGUCCCUCGGGAUGACGCCCCACCAUGACGGCGGGCGGGGAUCUUCGGUUCUUUCGCGUCUCCCUGUCUCGGGCAGCAGGGCUGAGAGGACGAUACCCAAAGAAUGUGGGAUUCGUUACUCUGUUCUCCCACAGGAGACCCCGACAGGUUGGAGUGGGACGGCCAGAGUACAGCCGCCGGCCAGAACUUCCCUUCUGUUCCCUUCCCUCCCUUCCUCCUUCCGCGAGCCCAGUUCGAACGAUAACGGCCGCGGGGCGUCGCCGGAAGUGGCGUAAGGACCGGAUAUCCGGUUCCCCAAGCGCUACGGAAGGUGACGGACGGGGCCUCCGCCCAGCAGUAGAAACAUCAGCAGCACCCCCGGCUAGAGCAACCUCUCCCCCCGCCUCGGUCCCUGUCCCCGGAGCCGGAGCCUCGAUCCUGUGUGAGUAACUCCGGGCCCAGUCCCCACUCCCGCCGCCGCCAUGGGCUGCACGCUGAGCGCCGAGGACAAGGCGGCGGUGGAGCGGAGCAAGAUGAUCGACCGCAACUUAAGGGAAGACGGGGAAAAGGCUGCCAAGGAGGUGAAGCUGCUGCUUCUCGGUGCUGGUGAAUCUGGUAAAAGCACUAUUGUGAAACAAAUGAAAAUCAUUCAUGAAGAUGGGUAUUCUGAGGAAGAAUGCAAGCAGUAUAAAGUAGUUGUUUAUAGCAACACUAUCCAGUCCAUCAUUGCAAUUAUAAGAGCCAUGGGACGACUAAAGAUUGACUUUGGGGAAGCUGCCAGAGCGGAUGAUGCUCGGCAAUUGUUUGUUUUAGCUGGUAGUGCUGAAGAAGGGGUCAUGACUCCAGAAUUAGCAGGAGUAAUUAAACGGUUAUGGCGAGAUGGUGGAGUGCAAGCCUGCUUCAGUAGAUCAAGGGAAUAUCAGCUCAAUGAUUCUGCCUCAUAUUACCUAAAUGACUUGGAUAGAAUAUCCCAAACCAGCUAUAUUCCAACUCAACAAGAUGUCCUACGGACAAGAGUGAAAACCACAGGCAUAGUUGAGACCCAUUUCACUUUCAAAGACCUGUAUUUCAAGAUGUUUGAUGUAGGUGGUCAGCGUUCAGAACGAAAAAAGUGGAUUCACUGCUUUGAAGGUGUGACAGCGAUCAUCUUCUGUGUGGCCCUCAGUGAUUAUGACCUUGUCUUAGCUGAGGAUGAAGAAAUGAACCGAAUGCAUGAAAGUAUGAAAUUGUUUGACAGCAUUUGUAACAACAAAUGGUUUACAGACACUUCUAUCAUUCUCUUCCUUAACAAGAAAGACCUUUUUGAGGAGAAGAUAAGAAGGAGCCCCCUAACUAUCUGCUACCCAGAGUAUACAGGUUCUAAUACAUAUGAGGAGGCAGCUGCAUACAUUCAGUGCCAGUUUGAAGAUCUAAACCGAAGAAAAGACACCAAGGAGAUCUAUACCCACUUCACUUGUGCCACCGACACCAAAAAUGUGCAGUUUGUUUUUGAUGCUGUUACAGACGUCAUCAUUAAAAACAACUUAAAGGAAUGUGGACUUUAUUAAGCGGGAUGGAUAUUCAUAAAGGGAUUAUGGUGUGGAGUGUGAGAACCAGACUUCUUUUGCUGCCUGCUGGGGCAGCUGUGCAAGCAUGAAAGGGACCAGAACAGGAAUGACAGCAGCAUGCAGAAUCUUCACAUUCUCUAGCACAAUCUUCUGGAAUAGGGAUCUCUUAAUUGACAUGAGAUGCUAAAGUCAGUCAUUGGAAGUGAAGCAGCUCUAAAGUUGACUUGAUCAUCACAACAUGAGGGUUUCAAAAUCUCAGGCGUGUGUAGCUGAUGUAAAUUUGAGGUGCUGCGUUCCACAACUUCAAUAUGUAGCUUAUUCCUGUUUCUUUUUCUUUUUAACAAACCACCACUAGUCCGUUUUAAAAGUUUUUUUCAUCUAAAAAGUAUAACUUUACUAAAUUUUAUUUCCUUGUUUGCAGAAGAAACUUUAUUAAAAAACAAAACAAAAUCACACACACAAAAAAAACCAAACCACUUAACUAUGCACAUGAUAGGACCAGAUCAUUCUGAAAGUAUUCCUCUUAGUAGGAACUCUUUGUUUAAUUCUUGGUGUGGUCAGAAUUGACCAUUACUGCAACUGAAGGUCGUUUGGAGUUCUUGUGGCCAUGAUGGCUUUUUUGAAUGAAGCGUGUGUUUCCAUCCUGUUCCCAAGGACCACAAUAAUUUCUAAAAGGAAAUAAUAUGAAGAUUUCUGCAGUAGGAUAUAGCUCUUUUUUUUUUUUUUAAGCUUAUGGUUGAGGGUUGACCUGGUUUAUGCUGAUUACCAAAUUACUACUUUCCAGAUUGAGACUGUUGUAGUAUGCAAAAGCCAGCUUCUUGGGCAAAGGCACACCCUGGACAGCUGCUGAUUAAAGAGACAAAUUGCUAAAUUCCAAACUGGAUGAGAGACUUUGUUGCUACACAUCUACUAAAUUGACCACUUUGAUUCUUGUGUAUUUGUCUUAAGUCAAUGGGGGAGUUUUGUAAAAGGUACACCUUGUUUUUCAUUUGUCAUGGCCUUUUUUUCUGUUAAGAGACAUCCAAUCUAUAUUAACAGUGCAUGCCUUUGCUUUGUCAAUGUGGUGCCAAAUCUCUGUUUGCCAUUGUUUUUACUGUAGUAAUGUUAAUUCUAGUAAACUUGAGUCAGUAUCUUCUUUUGCUGAAAUUGCAAUUUGGGACUCUCCCCCAGCCCCAACCCUAUUUUGUCAAUCUGUACAGAUUCCCAUCUGUUAUAGUUGUCAGCAGUAUUAAAAUGGUGAGUAAAGAGUCUAGCUUUGCUCCUGAUGUAUAACAAA